AUGCCUCUUCCUAUGCGAGCACAUCUUGACGGGGUGGACGAUCCCAAACUACAGGGCCGGCUCCCUGCUCUGAAUGAUGUGGUCGAUGAUGUGAAACGGCUCAAUGCUACUGCACAGAAUGGUGGUGUUGACAAGAAUGUCAAGAUUUCCUUGCAAGGACCCGACGGGACCGUCACUGAGCUCAAGAAUCCGAGCGAAGCAGUGCGGUACAAUAUCCAUUUUCCCAACCUGUUCCGCUGGAGUUACCUUGUGAGGCCUGAAGAUGUUCCCGACGAGGUUGACGGCGUGAAACUUGUUGAGAGCGUGAUCUUCGCCUUGAAGACAUUCCAUAAGAUCAUGGAGGAAGAGUCGGACGACACGCUCCAUCUAAUGCGGCAUCUUCUAGACGACCAGUACGGGAAGAAGGCGAAGCGUGCGAGACAUCUAGCCUUUCUGAAUACGUGUUUCAAAGCCGGAUAUCAUCUCAUGCAGCCUACAAUUGAUAGACAAGUAGAAGCGGCCCAUUACUUGAAGAUCUCAAUCGACGUCUCCAGAAAGGAGUUCUCGGGCAUUUCAAAGUUGGAUCAUUGGCUUCUCAACCCAGCUGUCUGGGCGUAUUAUGGAGAGGCUCUGUGUCUGAGCGAGAACUUCAAGGAGGCGAAAGUGACACUGGAACACGCCUUGGUGGGUUGUGAAGCUGGUUCACAGCCUAGUCUCGCAGCUUUUACGUUGCGAUGUCAUAUAAACUUGUCGCGCACCCUCCAUCAACUGAAAACGGACACCGAAGUCCAACGAGAGCACACUGAAUGGGCUGUCACACAUCUUCGGAAGACCCCAACGCGCUUCUUGUCCAAGACGAUGCUGAAACAUAUCCUACGGCCGUGCAAAGGAACCCCGCAUCCCGUCCUGGAGUCGCUCGGUGGCCACUCCUGGCUUGACAAAGUUGACGGGCGCGAGAUCCUAUCUUACAAAGAGGAAGAGCGCUCGGUCAAAGUGUGCCGACACUGUGGCAUCCGGGAUGUACAGAAGGCGCUAUUCCGUUGUUCUCGCUGUCAAUACAUGUUCUACUGUUCGAAAGCCUGUCAAAAGGCUGAUUGGAAGACACAUAAGGAAGGUUGCACUGACAGGUACAAUUCCAUCAAGAAGCUCGAGAAACUCAAGAAGGAAGACUCGGUUGCCGCUCAGCGCCACGCGGACUGGAUGGAGUGGCGCGACUCUCCGGCUGCUCAUCGCAAGAACGCGCAUAUCAGCGCGCUCGGCUUACACAAAGACCCCAUGCGUGGUCGAACACAUAUCGUGCUGCAACUGGUGGAAUAUACUCCCAAUACUUCAAAGGAUCCAAGGUCCAAGUUCACGAUCGUGGCAACGGGUGUUUUCCGUAUCAAAGAUGUCCUGAGGAUGAUCGAGCCGUCCAUGGGUUUGAGCCCUGGAGAAGGGCCAUCUUUUAUCCAGGAGGUGCUUGACGAAGUAGACCGGACUGCAAGACCAUCUCGGGACGUAACCAGUCUCAUACCCAUCCUGGACCUUUCGUUCGGGAAGGGCGUUGAGACAUGGCUGGGCAGCAACGCCACAUCGCACUCGGCUCUCCGGAACCAUCCUUAUAACCAGGACUGGCGAAAAAUAAUCAAUGGCAUCGGAAUCGUGCCAGAACCUCUGACUCUCGUGGAUGAGGUGAACGCGAAGGACGUGGAGCACGUCUUCGAUUAG